UUCAGUUAGCGUUUUCUACAGCCUUCCCAGCUCAGGUGUGCAAAAGCCACCUGCAUUCUCUAUCAGAGGACACCAAGCCAGGCCAGGCCUCUGUGGAUGACAAAGGACAGUUGUUGAGUGAGAGGGAGGCUGCUUUUUUGGAGCGCCUUCCUUUUAUAGUAAACAGCAGUUGUCUUCGCAAUCUGCCCACCCCUCGGGGGUGAGACCCACAGCUGAGUAUAUAAGCUGUGGAUGCAAGCAUCGCCUUUUGUUCCCCGCGGCCCCUGGGGUUCUUCAUCCUGGCACUUCGGCGAGAAAUCCGGACUCAUGCCUCCUAAGAAGCCUGAUCCCAAGAAGGAAGCCCCCAAGGCAGCUCCGGCUCCCGCUGCUGCCCCAGCUCCAGAGCCCCCUAAAGAACCCGCCUUUGACCCCAAAAGCGUGACUAUUGAAUUCAGUGCUGAUCAGAUUGAAGAGUUCAAGGAAGCAUUCAUGCUCUUUGACAGGACCCCAACUGGAGAGAUGAAAAUCACAUACAGUCAGUGUGGAGAUGUCAUGCGUGCCCUGGGGCAGAACCCAACCAAUGCAGAGGUCUUGAAAGUGCUAGGGAAACCAAAGCCAGAAGAAAUGAACACAAAGAUGCUGGAUUUUGAGACCUUCCUCCCAAUGUUACAGCACAUUGCCCGAUCCAAGGACCAAGGGACUUUCGAGGAUUUUGUGGAAGGACUGCGUGUCUUUGACAAGGAAGGAAAUGGCACUGUCAUGGGAGCUGAACUGCGUCAUGUCCUUGCUACUUUAGGGGAGAAGAUGACAGAGAGUGAAGUUGAACAAUUAAUGGCUGGCCAAGAAGAUGCCAAUGGCUGCAUCAACUAUGAAGCUUUUGUCAAGCAUAUCAUGUCUGGUUGAAGCUGGAAUCUUUAAAGUGAGUCCUUUUCCAACUUUCCUUGUUUGGGCUGUUGCAG